AUGCCGUGUUCUAUACGGAUACACAAUACGGAGCUUUUGGCUGCCAAUACGGAUAGCAGUAGGCGCAAACAAGAAACAUACAAGGAUGCCAACACAGGACUGGAUGUCGGCGAACGAAAGGUUCUAUGGAGAGACUAUGCAAACCGAGUUGUAGCUUGGGUGACAACCAUUGGCAACAUCGCUAUGCCAUUCGCCCCUGUGCCAGUCUCCCCAUUGUGGUCGGCACGAAGAAAUGAGACGAAAGAAAUCUCGGGUGUUCUGGGAUAUUGUCUGAGCCUUGGUAAAACUGCCGAUACUUCGAGCUUUCGAAAUCAAACUGCCCUGGAUGACAAGUGGACUAUGAGGAGAGAGUGCCUGUUGCAUGGUCGUGAGGCUAUGCAGCCAUGGCACAACCCUAUCUUUGCAGCUUGCGACUUAGGAUCUUUUGACUUGCUGGAACAUCUGCACCGACUUGGGUAUGAUCUUACGCAAAACAAUUACCUAGGAGAUUCUUUGCGGUCCAUUGCUGCCGGGCAUGGGCACAGUGAAAUUUGUUCAUUUCUCCUGGAUCAUGGGGCAAAGAUCAAUACACUGAGACACGAUAUGAGCAAUCGUGAUCGACUUGUAGGCUUUUCUGCACUGCAUCACGCAUGCUACGGUCGUCGUCUCAGCACCCUUCAACUUCUUCUUUCGAGGGGAGCGGACCCAAACUAUCACCGGUAUCAUACACCGCUAUGCCUCGUCAAUAGGAUAGAAGAUUCCACUGAGAUCCUCUCCACAUUGUUAGAUUGGAAAGCAAACCCAAACUUUCCCUGCAAUAGUGGCAUAGCCGGAUGCUGUCUACUAUCUGCCCUCCAAUGUGACGAAGAUGAGACAUUCAGAUUGCUUUUGAAAAAUGGAAUUGAUCUUGAGCCAUGGAAGAACAAGCGGGGAAAGGUCCUGGUUGAAGCAGCUUUUGUAGGUGCAGUAAAAUGCAGCCGAAUCCUCAUUGAAGAGCUUGGCUAUGAUGCGAACAACUCAUAUGCGGGAGUUUUCGGAAGCACUCUGGGAGCUGCUGCACUCGAGGGCGUGUAGAGAUGGUUGAAUAUUUGAUCGAGGAACUAAAGCUCGAUCCGAUGAUUCUUAUAUCUCGUCCUCCGAAUUGUGCAAAGGCUCUUUGGCAAGCAUCUAUGCCACGGCACCUAUUGAAAUAUGUGACGCUGGAGAACCUCCUUGAAAUUGGCAUCCCUCUCCAAACGAUAGAGUAUUCACUAAGGGAGGGAGGAGGCUGGCAAUAAAGCAUCGACAAGACGUCGACAUAAAUCUUCAUUCUUGUAUCCCAUCAACUGCUAGAUAGCGUCAGCAUAUAGGUACGUACUUUGAUAA